AUGGCCGUGCCGCGGAGGCGCCUUCUCCUUUCGCUCAUGGCAAUUGCUUGCUGGUUUGUGCAGACUGCGAGGGGUGGAGGCUUCGUAGUGGCCGCGGCAAGAGGGGGUGGCAGGAGGCCGGCAAGAGUGGCGGGCUCGCGAGUGCAGCUUCAGGGAGUGUCGGUGGAGAGCAUGGAGAAGUACCCCCGGUUGCCAGUGUGGCCUGCAUGGUUCGGCCUGGUGUACAUCUUGCUGGACUUGCUGGGCAAACCCAAAGUCGGGGCCUGGCUCGAGGAUCGCUUCGGAGGCCGCGUUUGCCCGAUGGUCCUUCGAGAUAAGGCCGCGUCGGAUCCCUUCUUGCUGGUGGCGCACCACCGGCACUCCUUCAACGCCUUCGAUCCCUUCCGCCACCUCUUCCGGCUCUUGUUGCCGGAAGGCUUCCCAGCCCACCCACACCGGGGUUUUGAGACGGUGACCUAUGUCCUUCGAGGCGGACUCGUGCAUCGCGACUCCUUCGGAGUCAAGAAGUCGUAUGGCGCCCCCAGCGACACCAGCGGAAGGGGGGACGAUGCCGCGGUGCAGUGGAUGACUGCAGGGAGCGGGAUGUUGCAUGAGGAGAUGUGGCGAACGGGCGGCGCUUGGGAGAGCUCCGACCAGGAGCUCUUUCAAAUCUGGGUGAAUCUUCCCAAGGCUGACAAGUACACCAGCCCCCGGAUGCAAAUGCUGCAGACUCCUCACAGCUCCCCCACUGUUUCAUCUGCCAAGCUGGGAGUGAUGACUGAAGUGCAUGAGCGUGGCCCCGUGCCUUCCCAUGAGCCCCGGCCGGGCGUGUGCGUGCGCAUCAUCGCAGGGCAGGCCGGGGGUGUGCGCAGUCCCAUCGAGACAUUUUCAGAGAUGGCCAUUCUGCACGUCACUCUCCAAGCUGGAGCAGAGUGGACCUGGCCCAAGCCAGCAGCCUGGAACUGCAUGCUGUAUACACGCAGAGGAGAAGCCAUCCUCGGUGAGGAGACGCCCCUGCCGGUCCACCACACGGCAACGUUGGCGCGUGUAAACUCCGAGGAGGAGCUGCGGGUCGCUGCAAACUCCGAGGAGGCGGAGGUCUUGAUCCUGGCUGGCGCGCCUCUUCGGGAGCCAGUGGCCAUGGGCUCCAACAUCGUCAUGAAUUCGGACGAGGAGCUGGCCCUGGCAAGUCGUGACUUGCGCGGCGGCUACUUCGGGCCGAGCUGGGAUCACGCCGACGACGAUGCCACGUGGCUGUCGGCCGUCGCGAAGCACUGGGGCCGAAUGGCAGAUGCCCUGAGGCGCUGCCCGCCCGCGCUGAAGUUCUGCCUCGACAAGCAGCUGGAGCUUGCAAGCGGCCGUAGCAAGGAGCAAACUGAACCGCAGUACCUUUUUGUCGCCAUGGCACGCUGUCUCGCAGUUGUGAUCCUGGCCUCGCUCACGGCCGCUGCCCUCGCGGGAGAAGACUUCUGCACUUUUCCCGUGGAGCCGACGGAGAGGUUGUGCCCCCCAAGCACAGAGGCACUGGGCGACCUCGAUCCCACGAACAACUGCAUCUUGUACUCGGUCAUGGGCAACAACAAGAGCUGCAGCACCGUCUGCAGCGAGAAGAGCGCCAAGUGCGUGAAUGCAGUAGACGAUUUGCGCACGAAGAAGCCUUGCCAGUACAACAAGGACGAGCCCGUGGAUUGUGAGACUGCGAACUACUAUGACCUCCACUGCAUCUGCGAGGUGCCAAAGGAGGUUGAGACCGAGUGUGACUACCUGCACCCGCUGAAGGGCAAGAACGAAGUGGAGUGCACGGAGGGCACUUUCACCACUGAGCUCAAGGAGGGUGGCAAGAACUGUGUGGCUCUUGCGCGCCUCCACAAGCGCUCUACUUGCAGCGACUUCUGCGAGAGCAAAGGAGCUACGUGCGUGGAUGCGGUCGACAACACGGUCAUUGGCAAGGGUUGCGAAGGCAACUACGACAUGGUUGAGGCAGUGGACUGCGACAGCAAGGGCUUCCAGGAUCUGCACUGCAUCUGCACCAAGGAUGAGCCGACGACCACGACCACCACGACCACCCCCGGUUGUGAUGCGCUGCUCCCCUUUGUGAACCCCGGGGAGAAGUUCUGCACAGAGGGCGAUGUUGUGGCAGAGCGGGAGGAGAAUGGCGCCAACUGCGUGAUCUAUGCGGUGCUGGCGAAGCGGUCGUCUUGCAACGACUUCUGCGAGGCUCGCAAUACAGUCUGCGUGAGCGCCAUCGACAACCUGGAAAUCGGCAAGGGCUGCGAGUACGACCUGGAGGAGGAGGUGACGUGCGCGCACAGGCACUUCUUUGACAUCCAUUGCGUGUGCCGGAAGCCGACGCACGAGGGUUGCAGCAGCGUCGCGCUCUGCGACGAUGUUUGCAACGUCACCUACGCCGAGGACAGGCACAAGGCACGCUGCCUCCAGCACUGCUCAAGCAACGCCGAGAAGUUCUUGGACUUUGCGAAGGACGCCCACAACCUGAUCAUGCACGAGUGCAGCUUUGUCAUAGUUGGGUUGAUGGUGGCGGCGCCGCCCGCGCGGCGCACCGGCCCGAUGGACAUCACCGCGUGCACCCGCGAGUACUGCAAGGGCUUGUGCGGUGCCAUUGGCUACCUCGCCGGCUGCGAGGAGAAGUGCCUCGCUUCGGCGCACGCAGUGAGCUUCCUGCUCAAGAAGUUCUAUGACACGUGCGUCGACCCGCUGGAAGAUGAUCAGUGA